CAGUGCGCAUGCGCAGUGAUUGUCGACGUUGAAUGUGGCAAUGAAAGAUGGUUUGGUAUCAGUCUGCCGAUGGCCUCAGAUUUCUGUCUCGUUUGCGAAGAAUCUGAAUUGCUUAUACCGCGCGAAUCGAGGAAACUCGCCCGCUCCGAUGUUUCCACUGAGAAUCCAGUUACCGAUGAAGAUGACUCGCAAAUCCAGUUUCCAAUACGGCAGCUAGAAAGUACUCGGUCACCUGUGAUGUCGGCCGAGUCUCAAGAGACCAUUCUAAAGGCAUCAGAUCAUGUAACAGGAAUAUCAGAGGGAAGCUCUGUCUCAGAGUCUCAAUCAUCUGAUCUGGGGUACGGUUCCGUCUCCUCCUUGCCAUGUCCUUCGCAGCAGACAGUACGCAGUGGCACCAGUUCUGAAGUCAGGAAGUCACAGGAGAGUAAAUCAGUUUGCUCACAGAGUUCUGGAAGUGAUGGUCCUGUUUGCCGCAUAUGUCAUGAUGGAGAAGAUAAAGAGGAGCUCAUAUCACCAUGUCACUGUACUGGCUCGGUGGGGAUGUUGCACCUGUCCUGCCUGGAGCGUUGGCUGGGAACCAGUCACACCACUCGAUGUGAGCUGUGUCGAUACGAAUUUAUGCUUGAAAAGACAACACCCCCCCUAAGCGAGUUUUUCAAGUCUCCCCCUCAUCCAAAUCAUGGACUCAACACCAUCUGUGAUAUCAGCUGCUUCUUUGUGUUGACACCCGUUUCCAUAAUUAGUGCAUACCUAUGCAUCAGGGGUGCCCUUCGUUACUCACAAUGGCCUGGUAGCUGGCAGAUGCAAGGCCUCAUUCUUCUUACUACCUGUCUGAUUGUUAUCUACAUCACCUGGCUGGGUGUUGCCCUGCACUACCACGUAACAACAUUUCAAAAAUGGCGACUGAAACACCAAAUGGUAAAAAUCACCUCUAACAAGUCACUCAAUGGCAAACCUGUCUUCCAAGCCCUGAAACGAAAAAAAAUUGUGAAGCAGAACCCUUCUCCCUCCUCUCAUCAGAACUCAGACCAGCAGAGCAAUGAACUUAAUGAGGCUAUGCUUUUGUUCCAUCCAGUGCUGAAAUAUUCCACAAGUCUUCAUGCCACCAAAUGGGAGACAGAUUUGGAAAGUGGAAAUAGGCUAGAGAAUAAAGCAGAAAUGGCAGAUUGCAUGGACAAAACCAAGGCUACAUCCGCCAAAGAGCACAGUUCAGCCUUGGAUAUUAAGUUUGAGACAAAUGUAUAAAGUCUCCCAAUUUCUUGAACUAGAACAACACCUAUAAAAUCUCUGUUAACACAUCAGUUUUGGCCUUUUUUUUUUUUUAAACUUUCCUUGAGGAAUUUUAGCAGUAAUCAAUUUGUGCAGGAUGUUUUGGUAUUCAGCUUUCUGCUGUAAUCACUUAGAUGCUUCAUUUAAAUGGAAUGGGGAUGAUUGUCAAUUUCUUACAAAUAUUGAAUGUUCCACCUGUUACAUCUAAUCGUUUCUUAAAAGCCAAUUUAUCUACUACUCUGAGAUCUCCUGUUUAAGCAAGCAAGAUGGAAUAAAAAGCAUUGCUUGUCCCCAACCAUCAAGAAAAAGUGUUAUUCGCAAAUCAUGCUCCCUGUAUGGAUAGUUAUAAUUUACAAAAUUGUAUGUCACAAGCUGUUGAUAAUUGCACUGUUUACAAUCCUUUGGACGCAUUUUGGGUUUCCUGUCAGCUUCUGACAGAUUUAAUCAUCAGCUAAUGUAACCAAAUGUUUUAAAAUUACAGUGGUGUGAACAAAGAAAAACUGGCUUAUUGCAACAAGUUAUCCUCAUGAUUUGUGUGCUCUGUGAAAGAUUUUCCUUCCUUUCUAUUGUAAGCUAACAGCAGGAAGUAGAACUGUUUUAUGAAACAAAUUAUCCUACUCAUAAAAUCUCAUUACUGCAUCUUUAUUUUUGUAUGAAUCAUUUUAUGUGAAAUAAAACUAUAACUACUGUACAAAUUCUGAAUAUAUUGUAUACAAUUUCAGUAAAGAAAAACCACUUUAAAGUGCUUAUUUUGGAAUGAUUUUGUGCAUGCAUGUGGGCAUUUAAUUGCAGAAACUUGCACUAGGGUGUUCAUGUAUAUGAGAGUGGCAGUUUUGCAAAAUUAUUUUUUUCUCACCUUUUGCCUGCAUUUCUGAACUGCAUGUUAAAGAAAUAUUAAAGAAAUAAUUUUAAAUAAUACCUAAGUUUUGCUUAUUAUAUCAGUAUUUUAUGAUUAAACCUAUUAUUUGUUUAAA